UGCUACCUACUGAGUACGGUUCAUACUUAGAACACGUCAAUUCUAGGCACCAGCCGCACUGCCACUUUUGCUACCAAACAUUCAGUAAAUUCGACUGUUUAUUUGUACAAAUAAUAUGUCGGAUCCCCUGACAAGUUCCAGUUAUGGCCUCAACUGUCCAUCCUCGAGAACCCAAAAAGGAAGCGGCGCGACCUGAAGCAACAAUGGAUCGCGUCGACGCGGCUAAAGUCAAAGAAGAACAAAAUCCCUCCGCAGACCCGUCAGUCCCGGGUUUUCCUUUCGGACAGCUCUCUUAUGACCUUCAAUACGAAGUGCUCCGCUUCUGCGACUACCCUUCCGCAACUCUACUAACAUCCACAAACCGGCAUUUUUACAAGGCACUCCGUCCAAAAAUAGAGUAUGCGGUCCCCGCACCCGAACGACUGGAAUCAAUCCAAAAGGUUGACCUAGACAAUCGAAAUGAGUUUUGGGCUUGCUACAAAUGCCUGAAAGUCUUUCCGAGGUCCAACUUCGGGGAUAGCCAUACAAAUACGAAGAAAACCAGACAGCAGCGGGCACACACUCAAACGUUUCGAAAAGCGCGCCGCUGUUGGACUUGCGCUAUCGAGAGCAACUACUAUGGGGACCUACAACCUGUCAAAAAGGACGGAGUCUCGUAUUUCCCUUGUCAUGGCUGUGGAUUCCUUGGUACAGAGUUCAAUAGGUGUCGGGGCGAUCGCGUGUCAGGCGUUAUCGUCAAUAGACAGUGCCACAAGGACAAGGAACUCUCGCCUUUAGAACGUCUUUCAGGGGCAAUUCUACGACAAAUCAUUGGCCACUUGGAUUAUCUCGACACCAUCCACCUACGCAUGGCAAGUUGCUCGAUGAUGCAUCAAGUCAAGCUUGACUGGGUGGCUAUUCACAAGCGCUUUGCCUUUGUCUUAACAAGAGAAGCGCCUCUGAUUGAGUUGGUAUACAAAGAGAUAUCCAGAAGUUUAGAUGAAAGUCCCAGCCAAGAAUUGGGGGAGAUGUUUGAGAAGAAAUACCCAUACCCUUGCUACAGCUGUUUCAAGGUCAAACCUGCUGCCAAAUUCCUUGGCAAGACACUACAGUUUGCAGAGGAAGAGCCAAAUCGCUUCUGGCAGCGCCGAUGUCGCCAUUGUUGCACGCUUGCGGCUGGCCAGCCCGAGAUAGUAGAUGAGUGGCAUAGGCGUCACCUGUGCUCCGAUUGCGGGAUGGUGAGAGUCGAGGGGGAAGCUUGCCUCGGUUGCCUGGAGACCUCGGAUGCUCGCUAAAGUGGACAUGUAACCACGAUGAUAAGUCGGAGUUUGACUGUUAAAUACUAAGUAACAGUAAUAUCAGAAACUGAAAUGAUUCGAUCGUCAGAGAAAACGAAGCCUUCGAGUAAUCGACGUGACU